AUGGUGUCUUCAAUGAUCGAUAAGAAGGGUCAGCUUAAGCUGGAUAAGGUCCCUUGCUUCAGUUUAUAUGAUAUGCAGAACCUAGUUCCCUUACCGGGGAUAUUCUACAGCGUGAAGCUGACUAAACAGAAUGGUACGAAACUUUUACAAGGGUUAAAGGCUGAACCGGGUUUUGAAAACCAUGAUUUAUUGAAGAAUAUUAAUAUUGAUGAUAUUACAAGGACACGAGAGUUGGAUGAUAGUGUUAUGAUGUCAAUGCGGGUCUUUCAGGAUAAUAGUUAUAUGGUGAAAGAUAAGAAGUCACCUUCUAUCUAUAUUUGUUUGAUCCCAGCUGCAGAUCAUAGUAUAGGGUGUAUUUCGGUGAUUAGUGAAGUACAGUUUGAAGGUUUGAGCUGUACAAUCACAUUCAGGUUGUUGGCGAGAGCAGUUAUUGACCAACCAGUUUUGAAUAUGAAAAAUGAGCUUUGGUACAGCCCAGUAACUGUGUUAGAUGAUUUGAAACUGAUUUCUUCUUGGAACCAGAAGCAACUAGAUAUCUCGAAGUAUGGCGUAUUUGAUUCAUUUAAUAAAUUAGAUGCUUCUAUCGAGGAUUUUAAGGAAAGGUACAAGACUUCGAUCAAGCAGCCCAUUACUGAAAGUGGCCGAGCUUUGCUCAUCUCUCCCUUAGCUAACUUCCUAUACGUUUAUUUGAAAAAAUCACAAUUUUCACGUUUAUGGGAGACGUUAAAGAUAAUGUGCGCGGGGAUUUCUGCGAAGAAGCCUGGCAAACAAACUGUUCUUGAUUUCAUGGCCUUGAUGGAUUUAGUGAUUGCUGUGUUGCCUACUACAGUACCCCAGAAGUUGCAAUUUUUGGGUGCUACUGAUCCGUCCUUAAGGAUUACAAAGUUUGUUGAAGAACUUGUAAAUUUUAAUGAGAUUUUCGUUGCCCUGCAUCGAAGUUCUGAAUACCUGGGUAGGCAUUAUGCAUGUGCCACGGACUUGGAAAAAGCCAAGUUCCUUGCAAAUCAUUUCAAGUCAUUAAAUCUAUAUAUUGAUGAUAUGAAAAACAAUAAUUCUGAUCGUGCCAUGAUGCGUGGAUCUAAAUCACCAGAAAAGUCAUCCCGACAGGGGGUCCUUGGUACCCCCCCUGACAAGUCUGCUCAAGGAUCAUUUGGCAAUGGUGACGGCGACGGUGAUGACCUAGUAGAGUUGGGCAAAUUUAUUAACAGCUUAGAGUCAAAAAACGUACACCCUGAUGGAAUUAAGAUUCUCAAAAAAGCUUUCAAGAGAAUUUCCAAGAUGCAAACACAAUACUCUGAAUACCAAGUUCUACGUAAUUAUUUUGAUAUCAUCAUGGAAAUCCCGUUUGGAAUCUAUACUGAAAACAAAUCAAUAGACUUGGCUACUGCUAAAGAGAAGUUAGAUAGCGACCAUUAUGGAUUAGUUCAAGUGAAAAGGAGAUUAUUAGAGUACCUAAGUGUUUUAAAGCUUAGAGAAAUGUUACACCAAACUGGACUUAAAGAAAAAGCGAAUACUGAUACCAUCUCUGCUACUACUCCAGUAGUUAAUGCGAGCAUUAACAAAAGCUAUCGGAAAACCCCAAAGCCGCCCUUCUUACUCCUCGUAGGCCCUCCGGGUGUCGGUAAAAGCUCCAUCGCAAACAGUGUCGCUAAUGUGCUCGGCCGUAAAUUCCAACGCAUAUCUCUAGGCGGUGUCCACAACGAGGCAGAUAUCCGUGGCCACCGUCGAACCUACGUUGGUUCUAUGACAGGUCAGAUCAUCAAUGCUCUUUGUAAGGCAGGAUGCAUGAACCCCGUUAUUCUUUUGGACGAGAUAGAUAAGGUGCUGGAUAUGAAUUCUGGAACUGGCCGCCAUGGCAGCCGCAUCAACGGGGAUCCUGGUGCUGCAUUAUUGGAAGUACUUGAUCCGGAACAGAAUGAUUCCUUCAUGGAUCACUACGUCGGAUUUCCAGUGGAUUUGUCAAGAGUAUUAUUUUUGUGUACUGCAAAUGACUUGUCUGGUCUCUCAGCACCCUUAAGAGACCGUAUGGAACUAAUCACCAUAGAAGGUUAUACUUCUCAAGAAAAAAUCGCCAUUGGCCGUGACUUUCUCCUCCCCAAGCAGAUUAGUUUGAAUAGUCUCGACCUCAUCGGUACCCAUUUGGAACUAGCUCACGACGCCUGGGAGUCAAUUGUCACAGAAUAUACAAGAGAGCCUGGCAUUCGUAACUUAAACCGCCGAAUAGCCGCAGUGGUCCGCGGCAAAGUUAUCGAGCAUGUUGAAAACAAUAUGCAAUCCGAAUCUCAUCACACAAUUUCGAAAGAUCAAUUACCGAAGUACUUAGGCCUUCCAUUACACCCAAUUGUCCAUGAACUUACUUACCAAACUUCGUUUGCUCUCAAAUACGGUAGCGUCAAUGGCCUAUCCUACAAUUCUGACGGCUCAGGCAGCGUCCUCGUUUUCGAAGUUAUUCGAAACGGCACUACCAAAGAAGCAGGCCCCAUAGUCCACACCACGGGAAACCUGGGAUCCAUAUUGGAAGAAUCCAUACGCAUAUCCACAAGCCUCGUGAAAUCCCUACUCAUUCGCCAAAUUGUCCACGAUGAAAACCCUAAUUCUACUAAACCCAUCAAAGAAUUUCUCUCCACAGAAUGCCAUCUACAUGUCCCAAUGGGUGCAAUAUCGAAAGACGGCCCUAGCGCAGGCGCCGCCAUAUCCCUAGCCUUGCUUUCCCUAGCAUUUAAACGACCAGUAGACACUAGACUCUGCAUUACCGGCGAAAUAACCUUGAGAGGCAAAAUCCUCCCCGUCGGCGGCAUAAAGGAAAAACUUCUCGGUGCUCAACUCUACGGCAUGUCUCAUGCAUUAAUACCCAAGGGAAACCGCAACGACGUAAUCCAAACUGUUUACCCCUACACAGAUCAACAACAAGCGGCCUUAGAUGACCUUUCAAUGCCUGAAUUAAAAGAAAUCCGCAGCAAAAUAGGUAUCAAAGUCUCCUACUGCAAUGAUCUUCAUGACCUUGUCUCCAACGUAUGGCCCCAUAACUCCUCAGUAUUAUGGUCCGACCAACUAAACCCAACACCACGCCCAUACGCUCUAUAA